AUGUCGACCAUAUCCAGUGUGAGUGAAGAGACGGACACGGAGACAUUUGAAGUUGCUGCUCUUCUAGUGUGUUCGAUCUUUUUGUUUACACUUCUUACAAUGAUCUUUGUUCGAAUAGUUCCAUUUUUGCACAUCUUUUCUGAAUCGAUUGUGUCACUUUUUAUUGGGAUCUUAGUUGGUUUAGUACUUUUAGGUCUUCACUACGGUGGAGUUGAGUACAUAUUAGACUCCGAUAAUUUUGCCAGUAUUUUCCAGACCCUUCUUCUUCCACUUAUUAUCUUUAAUGCAGGGUUUACGAUGAAAAAGCGGAACUUUUUCAAGAACAUCGUUCCUAUAUUGUCAUUUGCAGUUGGUGGGUGUGUCUUGUCGUCGUUAUUGAUAGGCUUUGGGAUAUACGCGUAUACCUUUAUAGAUGUGGAUUAUAUCAGAGUGACUAAUAUGAAUAUGUCACAAAGUCUUCAAUUUGGGACUUUAUUAGGGGCGACGGAUCCAGUAGCUACAUUAGCUUUGUUUCUUGAAUUAAAUGUAGAUCCUUUAUUGUACUCAUUAGUAUUUGGAGAGAGUGUUUUGAAUGAUGCGGUGUCUAUAGUUUUGUUUCAUACAUUAGACUCUUCAUUGGACCAAUUCACUUUUGUCGACUUUUUAAUCAUCAUAGGAGAAUUUCUAUUGAAUGUCGUGGGGUCCCUUGCUAUAGGACUUUUUGUUUCAUACUUCUCUGCAUUCAUCUUUAACAAAGUGAAGAGUAUGCACAUCUCUGGAACAUUCAAUUUAUUAAUGAUUUUAUGUGUGGCGUUUAUUGGGUAUUUCGUGUCGAAUUUACUUGGAGUGUCAGGCAUUUUGACAAUAUUUGUGUCGGGAGCUAUUAUGUCACAUCACCACUGGUAUUCAAUUCCAGAAGACCAAAGACCAGUCCUCUAUACAUCAGUCGGCACGUUGGCGUUUGUGUCAGACACUUUGACUUUCAUCUCCGUCGGAGUCACGUUGUUCAACCCACACAAUUUGAAAGGAGAAUACUGGAAUCCACUCUUCAUGCCUUACGUCUUGUUUUUGUGCUUCUUCUCAAGAGCUUUAAACGUCUUCCCCAUUUCUUUCCUCAUGAAUUUCAGAAAGAAAGCGGCUAAAAUCACUUGGAGACAUCAACUGAUGUUGUGGUAUGCCGGAUUAAGAGGGGCAAUUGCUAUCAUUUUGGCUUUACAAAUGGGAAACCCCCUUAUCGUAAAUACUACUUAUAUGAUCGUCUUGUUCACUAAUGUGGUGAUCGGGAUGACUACACCUUUCUUGUUAAAAUUAAUGAAAAUUAAAAUGGGCGGUGCUGAGCCACUUAAUGUCAGAAACAUCACAGCAACAGAGAGUCUUGAACUGGAAGAAUCUGCUCCUGGAAAGAAAAAAGCUUUUAGAAAAAUGUUUGUAAUGUUCGACGAAUUAGUCCUUAAAAAAUAUUUCGGCGGUCAACCACGAAACGAAAAAGAUCUUGUCAAAAUCGACCCAGCUCUUGGUAGCUCAAACGAACUCGAGACUGAUAGAGAAAAAGUCGACAGAAAGUUUAGAGAAAACCAAAACGUAAAAGAAACUGUUGAUAAUAUCCCAGAAAUUAGAGAAACCGUCCCUCUCAUCCCAGAAGAAGAAAAAAAAUAA